CUCAUUUCUAUUGUAUACACAUGGAUUCCAUGUUUGUUUGAAGAAGAAAAAACCGUUUCAGUUUCAAUUUUUCAAUUUUCUGUUCUGUCAAUUUCAUUCAUUAUUUUAAGCCAUAGUAACUGGAUGAUAACAGUUUAAGCCUAUGAACAUAUACAUGUAUAAUACACUAACUAUUUUCAUAAACGUGAUAAUAAUACAAAGUAGUUCAAUCCAAUUUACAUUAUCAAUAUAACAAUUAAAGCAUAUUCAAUAUAAUUUUAAUAAGAAGAAUUAUGUUUAUUUAUUUAUUUGUUUGUUUGUUUGUUUAAAAAGAAAUCCACUUCUAUUCUACAUUGAUUAAAACAAUCAAAAUUGUAACUAUGCUAUGAAUUAUAUAAGUGUGAUUGAAGAAGACAUCCAAAUUAAACACUGAAUAUAUAUACAUAUAUAUAUAUAUAUAUACUACUAAGAAUCAUAAUGUAUGGAGCAACAACAGGUUCUAAGAAAGGAAAAAGAAUAGGAACACAGUUUCAAAUACUUCCUUCUUUAUGCCUGUUACUACUCAUGAAUGAGCAUAAGCCGAAACCAGCAUUCUCCAUGCAAACCUGUCCUGAGCAAUCCUUCCCUGUUAUUUCCAGUUGCUAUUCAUCCUUUUCAUGUCUGUUUCCAAUUACCAAGUCAAUGUGUUCUUCGGCCUUCCGCUUUUCGUUCCACUUCAGUAUUAAAAAUUUAACAUCGUAUGAUUUAAAAAGUUUAGAUCUUCAAACUAAACCAAUUUCAUUACAUAAAUUAGAAAUGAUGACGAAUUUUACACGAAAAGAAUUACAAUUAUUAUAUCAAGGAUUUAAACAUAUUUGUCCUUCAGGUGUUGCCAGUAAAGAAUCUUUCAUAGGAGUAUAUAGAAGGUUUUUUCCUAAUCGUGCAUCUAGUGCUUAUGCUCAAUUAUGCUUUCGAGUUUUUGAUCAAUGCCAAACAGGACAAUUAACAUUUGAGCAAUUUGCCUGUGGUCUAUCACAAUUAGCAAAAGGUUCAAAUUUAGAUAAAAUUAAAUGGAUAUUUAGUUUAUAUGACAUUAAUGGAGAUGGUUAUAUAAGUAGAUCAGAAUUAAAAGAAGUUAUACAAGCUAUUUAUGAUUUACUUGGUGAUAAACUACUCACUGGUAACAUUGUACAAGCUAUUGAAGAUAGAGUUAAUACAAUGUUUAAUAAAUAUGAUCUUGAUCAUGAUGGUAAAAUAUCAAAAGAUGAAUUUUUUAGUGUUUCUACACAAGAUCCUGAUUUUAUAGCAAAUUUAAGUUUAUUCGAUACAAUCACAUAGUCAAUAUGGAAGAUAUAAAACUAUUAUGAUCUUUAAAUGAUCAUUAUCAUAUUAAUCAAUCAAUAGGAAACACUUAUAAAAUGAUACAAUGUAAAUAUCAAAAUAUGAAGUGAUUAGAAUGAAACAUGGAACAGUGAAUGACCCCCCCCGUCCUGCCACCCGAAAAAAAAUUAUUCUUUCAGACAUUGAUACACUAUUACAUCAGAUAACAGAUUACACUAUGGUUAUAUUACAUAAUCAAUUGAUAUUUCAACUUACUUAGUUGAAUGCCGAAUCUUUUCUUUUUCUUUUCUUUUCAUGAUUUCGUCAAUGUUUCAUGUAAUUGAAUGAAGAGAAGAAAAAUUAUUUUAUGAAAA